CCAAGUAAACAAUCUUUGCACUUUGCAGGCCUUCCAAGGACCGAGAGGCCAGUGUAAACCGCGACUUGCCGAGUAGCCAGCGAUCUAGGCCUACCCUUUGUUUAGGUUUAGAAUUGAUGUUCAGCACAGGGAUCUCUUGUUCUCAUGGAAAGCCCAGAUAAUAGAUAGAGAAUGUGCUGUCUGCAUUCUCAAAAUUAGUAAAUCGAGGUUGGCAGAAGGCCUUCUUCCCAGACGUUAAAGAACUAUACCAUGUAGCAUUUACAACUCAACUACAGCAGUCACAGAGAAUAUAAUGAAAUCUGCUGCAAAAGUGCUAGGUUUGAAGGAAAAGGACGAGACCCAUGAAGAAAAUGGUGUCCUAUUCUGGGUAAACAAGAGUGGUUUCCCCAUUGAUGAACAAACGUGGGAGCGCAUGUGGGACCAUGUGGCCAAAAUUCACCCAAAUGGCCACGACAUGGUCCGUAAAGUUCGCCAUGGGAAGGAUUUACCUCAGAUACCUGCACCACAAGCCCCACUGUCUUUUAGCCCAACGCUUUCCAUACCAGAAAGGUUAAAAAAGAUUCAAGAUUACAUGAAAGAACUACAAUAUAAUCACACAGGGACCCAGUUUUUUGAAAUACGAAAAAACCGACCAGUGUCUGGGUUAAUGGAAUGUGCCAGGGAGAUGAUUCGAGAAGCUUUACCCAUCAAGUGUUUAGAAGCUGUGAUAUUAGGAAUCUUUCUCACCAAUGGCAUGCUGGGAGUUGAGCGAUUUGCCUUGAGCUUCAAGACUGUCUUCAAGGGCCACAUUCAUCGUCAUGUCGUGCUUGGCAUCUCACAUGGUGGAUACUAUGGUGCGAUCGGCAUGAGUCGAAGGGAGGACCUUAUGUACAAACCCAUGGAGUUCAAGAGUCUGGCGGAGUUGGUCUUUGACUUUGAAAGAUGCUACAUGAAAUAUUGGCAUUCUGUGAAGAAGGUCAAGGUCGGCCUGCCUGUGAUUCAUGACCAGCACUCAUAUGAGGUGAUCAACUGGAAGGCUCUGAUGGUAAGUUUCUCAAAGUCCGACAGGAAAGAACUCACUCGGGACUUGGACUCGCAUGCGAGAAGAAUGAAAAGUCUGUCAAAGUCUUGGACUUCUGGUCCGUAUGCUGCUUUGAAGAUGCUGAACACGGCCGAAGCCACGCGAGACCUGCAGCCUACCAUGGAGGGUCGUGCAAGUCCUACCCGGCUGAGGCGGUCGCAAACCCUGGCUCCACAAAGCCCCAUGGCAGUGCGUCAGAGAUCUAGCGUGGGCAGCUCGGACGUGGACUAUCAGAUACGCAUUUGAUUGCUUGGCAUGAGAGCUGCUUCAGUGUGUCGAAAAAAAUGUUUGCAUCUUGUCUGCUUGUGCCUCAAACACAGCAGCAGAAGAUGAACCCAAGCUUUUAUACAACUCACAGUGACAAACGAGAUGUACAGACUUGGGGAAAGAACAGCUCACCUUCUGUAACAAUUAAGUAAAGGCUGGAGUAUUUUUAUAUUGAGAAAAUUGUUCAUUUGAAUAAUGCAUCCAAGGUGAAUCUGUACAUUACUCAUUGAUAUAAAUAUCCACCAUCCUGUCUGUGUGUAUAUAUAUAUAUAAAUAAUUAAUUUACAUAAAAGCAUAUCUGUGAUGGAAAGAGUUUGAAAAUCAAACUAUUUUGAUCUGAUACUGCUAACUUACAGAAAGCAAAAAACAAACUGUACAGUUUUACUUUUAAUUAAGGAAAAAAUAAACAUUUUCCUACAAAGACAACUUGUUUCUUCAAUAAAAUGAUCCAUGACAUACAGUGAUGUAAUAUAUACUUCACAAAAGUAUUUUGCAGCUUUGUUCCAAAAAUACAAAUAAAAAUAAACAAAGGA